AGAGAGCGAGGGCGGAAGCCCGCAGAUCGCUUGUGGGAGCCGCCGCAAUGGAGAGAGCGGCGUUGUGUGCGCGCACAGGUGCCACAGGCCAGCGGCGCGGAGAGCUGUCGCGGCUGCCUGCCGGGCUCGGCAUUCCCACUAGGGCGCUGGAGCCCCGGCUGCGGCGAGCCUGGGCAUCCCCCAGCCUGAGCCCGGGGAGGAACAGCCCAAAGAAAGGGCGCGAAGGGAGCAGGAGGGUGGGUAGGUGGGGGCGGGGGAGAUUCAUCGCCUCAUUCUCGAUUUCCCCCUCCACGAGCGUCUCGAGUGGGAACCUUUGCCGGGCUCGUGUGCGCCCCCUUAUCCUUUCCCAACUCCGGGUGAUCAUCUCCCCUCUCCCCCUCGCUCUUCUCCUCGCUCCCUCUCUGGCUCCCCUCCCUUCCUACCGCGUGUCUCCUCCCCUCCCCCUCGCCUCCCUCAGCUCGGGCGGCAGCAGCCGUAGCCGCUCCAGCACAGCCGGCGAUGGGCAGAGCGCGCGCGCGGCGCAGCAGCUCCGGACGCAGCGCUCUCCCUGCCCGCGGCUCGCUGCGCCCCGGCCGCCACUCUUGCUGCCUCGGCGUCCCUCGACUUCAGUCUCGCUCCUAGGAUAGCGCCGCCACCGCCGCCGGGCCCUGCCUGCCGCCUGCGGCGCGCAACCCUCCCGCGCUCCCCGGAUGGCGCGUUCCCCUCAGCACUGCCAUCAUAGUUGAAAGUAACCAGCCCAGUGUUUCUGCUCACCCUUCGCCACUUUCAGAUUAAAGCUUGGGACAUACUUUUAAUAUUAAACUGUAAGUAUUCCACCUAAUAACAUUUUUGCAAAAUUUUCCUUAUAAAUUCUUCACUCAAACAAUAUAAGUUUUUGUUUUAUGGUAAUAGUAUGUCAUGAACAGUUCCAUUUUAACUUUAUGGACAGUUGUCUGAAAAUAUUAAAAAACAGAUUGUGUUUUUUUAUAAGCAAAGCAAAGCAGUGGAAAUGAACUUAUAGUUACUUAUAUUUUCAUCUCUGUGCUUACUCAAUCUUUAUGUCACCACAGAGAAAAUUUGGGCAUUCAUAUAUUAUUUAUUUAUUUGUUUUCAUAGACUGUGUAGUCUAUGAUAGACAAGGGGAAUAAAUUUUUUUCACAAGGGUCCAAGUCCAUGUUGAAAGCCCUGGCACUUUUAGCUUUCUCUUCACUGAUGGCCAGAGGGAUCAAUGAAAGUGAACGACUAAUGAAGAGCCAUCAUCAUUACUUGUUAAAAUAAAUUUUCUAAGACACUGAUGGUGAAGGUGGCUCAUUAGUGUCACCUCUCCUAGAAAGAGUAACCUAGUGAUAUAGAUUGGUAUCUCAGUUACACUAGCUAAAACAACAGUGCAUCAUCUUUGUAUGCCUGAUUUGGUGGAAGUUGGGGGAAUAUGUGAUCUCAGACUCCUGGGUGACUAGUUCAAAAGCUGAGGAGGAAAACUUGUCUUAGGAAUUGGCCUUCUUUCAAUCAAUUAAGAUGCAAAUUUGGCUGAAAGAAGAAAUACAUCCCCAAGGCUCCUAUGACCCAAUUUCUUUGGAGUGCUUUUCAGCCUUAUUUACUGAAGUCCUACUACAUGGCAAGAGCUCAAGUGAUGGCCAUGGAUGCAUGAGUGAAUAUAAUAUAGGCUCUCAAACAGCUCAGAAUUUACUGGAGAGACAGAUAAGAAAAAAACAGGAAAAAGCCAUGAGAUACCAGCUGCCUUUAACCUAUGACAGCCACCAUGUUACUGCUAGAGAAAAAUAAAAUGACCAUACUAAGGCUUGACACAAAAGUAACCUAGUUAACUUUAAAAAGCAUUUAUUUCUAUAGCAUCCUAUAUUAAUUCCAAAGAUUUUUUUAAAUAAUGCAGGUACUAAUUAGUAUAACAAAUAUAGAGAGUCCCAUACUAAUGAACCCAAUUGUCAAGUCAGUCCUUAUAGGUUAUAGGAUAAUUUUCUAAAAAAACAAACAAAUAAAAAACCCAAAACAAAAAAACCAGAAACAACUUAUGAACAUUGAACAUACAUUUGAAAUGCCACGACUGUCUUUUGAAAACUCUGUAUAUUCAAGGAACAUUCACAGGGAGGGGUGAAGCUUAUGAACCAUUUUCCCUGGAUGGGUAUUUGAUGCAGUGGUUACAAGAUGCUUCUUGGGAUGUCUGCACCCCAUACUGGAGUGCCUAGGUUUGAGUCUUGGCUCCUUUGUCCAUUCCUGUUUCCCGCUAAUCUGCACCCUGAGAGGCAACAGGUGAUGGCUCUAUUAGUUCCAGGUUCCUGGCUUCAGCCUGGUCCAGAGCUGGCCAUUGCAGUCAUUUGGGGGAGUGAACGAGCAGAUGGAAGAGCUGUCCUUCUAUCUCUCUCUGCCUUUUUAAGAAGAUGGAAAGACAAUUUACAGACUACUUUAAGAACAUAGAAAUAAACUUACAAGGUAAUUUAAAAUCUUUGUAUCAUAUUCAUUCUGAUAAUGCACAUUUAUUAUGUAGUUACAACUGAGUGAUAGAGAAGGAAAAUGACUUAGAGCUGGGAUGAUAAAAUGUAUAGUCACAAAUUAAAUUGAGAAAAAUUAUAGAGCCACAUUUUAACAUUACAUGCCAUCCAAGCUAGAACAAGGACUGAAUAUGUAUUUUCAUAAUAGCUGAAAUUAUUAAUAUUUUUAUUAUAAAAAUAAUGGCCCAAAACAGCUUUGGAAGGUGUCUGAAUGAUGCUACAGGAAUAACUCAUACAUGUGAAGAGUCUGAUUCAUUUAGUUUCAUUGUUUAUUUUCCAAGAAGACAAAAGUGUUAGAUUUUUAUCUCUAAGGGGAAAAUCUGACUCAUAAGUUGUUGGCUUUGUUUUAUGGAUUCUAUACUACUUUAUAUUUACAACAUGUUUUAUAUCUAGACAGUGAUGUAGCUAGAUAAAACAAUAUAAUUGUAUAUCAUUGGGGGAAAUAGGAAAACCUUUGGUAAGAGAUGAGUUACAAGAAAUAUGGCUGUUAGUUGUGCUUCCUUGCUUUGAAAGGACUGCAUCAAAGCUGCCAAUCCAAUGUGUCUCCUUUGUCCACUCAUAGGCUGGUGACAUUUUUCUUCUCCCACUGGGUGAUUAAGAAGUGGCUACAGAGCCACUUUUCCACAGGAGUGGAAAAGACAUCCAGAGGUGUUAUUAGGUACUGUGCUUGGGAAUUCAGAAGUUGGGACCAUCACCUGCUAUUUACAAUGCAUUUUUUGUUGUGAUCAAGGGAACUACAGAUGCAUUCAUGAUCAGAGCUGUUUCGGGAUGGCAGAUGUAGCGGAUGGUCAAACUUAAGGCCCCUGCAGCAGUUUGAGACAGUCAUUUUUUCAUGUAAAUCUGAGAUGACACUGGAGAGCUGGGAACUGUGGGCUUGAAUAUACUAUUUCCAUUUUGUAAGCAAAGUUCAUAAGAUACUCUCUCACCUUGCUAGUCAUUAACUCUGUCUUGACCCAUCCCAAAAUGACAGCUGCAAGGCCUCUAUAGGCCAAGAGUUCAGUUUUGACAAGGGCCCUGUAGCAAGCUAAUAGCCAUUUUUCAAUAGGGACAUACCUGAUAGGAGUGUAUCUUGCAUGCAGGGCAGGUGACCAGUCUAAAACCUAGAGGGUGUCUACAAGUUGAGGCUGCUUAUCUUUUCCAGAGACUUAAAAGAGAAAAAUCAUUGUCCACAGACUUGUAGCUCACAGAUUAUUUAGGCAUGAGGGGCCCCAAAUGUAGAUAGCAGUCCAUAGCCUAUUGAAUAACUUUUUUUUUUUUAAUUUGAAAGACAGAGUUAUAGAGAU